AUGCGCGGCGCGGGCUCUCUAUUGGCUAAAGCCAGCGUCCACCGGCCAUUCGGCCUUCGCCGCUUCGCGACCGAGACGCUUUCAUCUUUUCCCUCCGAGUCAACACUUCCAUCUUCACAACAAGCCUCAGAGGCAACUCAGGCCGCAUUCACGGGACAAUCUCGCAAGCAAUUACAAGAGUACCACGCACUCGUGCGGAUUGCCGAGGUCGCUGAGGCCCUUCGGUCUGGAUAUCAAGAUGGUACAUGUGCAUCCCCUAUAGACGAGGAGCUCCGGUCUCUCCUCCGCGCCACGCGCGCACGACCUUCCUUAUUGACGCCCCUAGGCAGUAGUGUAGGGAUUUUGCUGCGUCAUUUGCCAAUCCCAUCGAACACAAUCGUAGGCGACGUUGGAAUAGGGUUGAGGGCCUCGCUGAAGGAGGCUCUGGACUCGAACGUGAGGCGCCUGGUGGAGGUGGAACGAGCUCGAGGAUCACGGGGGGGGACCUCGGCGUCCGCGCUCAAAAGAUUCAUGAAAGAGAAACGGGAUGGUUUGGGAAUGGAUGGAGAGGAUGCGGGUAGCGAGGACGGGGCCGGGGUGUUGGCGCAAGGCACCAAGGUUGUGUGCAGUGCCCUCCUGUGGGGGGCUAAGCGUCUGUAA